CAGUCUGUUAUUUGACAACAGAUAAAGUAAAAUGGUUGUCAGACAGAAAUAUAGAAAACAUUGAGUUUUUCAGUGAAAUUUUAUUUUCCAAAAUCGAAUAAGUGUUUUUUGUUCGAAUGUGCUGUAAGGAAUAAGUGUGUGUGUUAUGAGAGAAAGGCGUUACUGAAGCUCCAGCUGGUGCUUAAGCAAAAUAUUCGAGAUGUCUACGCGAUCUCAAUUGACGAAAGACUUGAAUGAAAGCGUAAAAAAUCUACUAGGACGGCAUACAAAAGUUCUUGUGAAAUAUAUGGUGAAAUUAGAAACCAAAAGUGAUAAAACUGAAAACCGAGUCCUGGUGUUUACUCCAGUACGCAUUUAUUUGCUGACAGCGAAGGUACCAACGAGGAUCGAUUGUCAUUUUCACUAUCUGGAUAUACAAUCUAUCGAAAGCAAAAAACCAACGCAUUUCUCAAUAGCUACGAAUGACAAGGUAUACUCAUUUUCUACUAUCGGAGAUGCUGGGAAUUUCAGUUCGAAUGCAGAUGUGAUCCUGACAGAUUUAUCUUCUGCUGUGAAGCAAAUAUUUCCAACAGUUCCACUGCGAUAUAUAAUAAGAAAGAUCGAAGUGAAUCCCAUCGAAAGGGCGACUAUUUUCUCUGACGAAUUACGCCCAUCGGACCCACGAAAUGUGGGACCAUGUGGAGGGUUUAGCAUACAGUACGCAUGUAUGUGCGAUUUCCACGCUGUCCAGUAUAGAGAGGAGGUCGCCUGGGACAUAGAUACCAUCUACCUAUCGCAUGACAAUCGUAUUUUAAAUUUGCGAGACUUCGAUCAUCUUGAGCAGAAAGAUCUAAUGGCGAUCAUUUCAGCGCUAGAAUAUAACACAUUUUUCCGCGGUCUGAAAAUUUCCAACACUCGCUUAUCAACGGAAACGCUUGAUAGGAUGCUUCACGUAUUGAAACGUUCAAUGUGGCUAGAAGAAUUGAACUUAGAAGCGCUUGGAUUAAGAUCCGAUUUUGUACACAAGCUUGCUGUUUCUGUGAUAUCUAAUUCGAACCCCGCUCUUCGAUCUAUCGACCUCAGUCACAACGUAAUAGAAGAUAAAGGUAGCGAAAAGAUGUCUGUCAUGUUAUGUGAUUUGUUCCACGCUGUUAACGAUUUUUAUGUUUUAGGUGCUGGUCAUCUGGCAGGUAUAAUUGCAAAAAUCUCCAAAGGUGUGACACGACUUUCAUUAUCUCACUGUGGUCUAACGUCAAAAGGGGUCAACCAAAUAGCAUAUUCAUUAUCAUUGAAUCAAGAUGUUUCCAGUUCAUUGACUUAUCUUGACUUGAGUGGCAAUAAUUUGAAGGAUGACGUGAACAACCUGUACAACUUUCUAGCUCAACCCAAUGCGAUAGAAUAUUUGGACAUUUCGAAAACGGAUACAACAUUAGAGAGUUUGUUUGGUGCAUUACUUCGCGGCUGUUCCACACAUCUUCGCCAUCUCAAUGUUUCGCACAACUCAUUUGGAACUAAGAAGGGAAAAGAAACACCACCUUCAUUCAAACAGUUUUUCACGAGUAGCUUAAGUUUGAAGCACUUGAACAUUGCAAACUGCAAAUUACCACUAGAAGCGUUGAAGCAUUUGUUGCUGGGACUGGCUUGUAAUGAAUCAACUGCCGGGCUGUACUUGGACUUGAGUGGCAACUCACUGGGGACACAAGGUGCCCAUGUUUUGGAAUCGUGUAUCCAUGGUGUUCGAGUUCUGUCCAGCUUAGAUAUAAGUGACAACAACCUUGAUUCAGAGAUGGCUUCCGUGCUUGCGGCUAUAGGGAAAAAUCCCUCAAUCAGAGUGCUGCAUAUGAGUAAAUGUUUUAACGGGAUGAAAUUGAAACAUAUCGCAAUAGUCAUGGACGCGUUAGUAAAUCUCAUCCAGAAGGACGAUUUUCAACUCCAAGAACUUAUUCUAUCGGAAAAUAAACUGAAGAAUGAUUUGCACAAUUUUAUCAAUGCAUUGGGAAGCAAUCAAUAUUUGCAAGUACUAGACAUUACAGGCAAUGUUAUGGGUGAUAUAGGUGCUAGAUUAUUGGCGAAAGCGCUUCAAAUAAAUAAUAGAUUGAAAACAAUUUUCUUGGAUCGAAACAACAUAACAUUGCAAGGUUAUGGCGAUAUUGUGUAUGCUUUGGAACACAACUUUUCCAUGAAAAAUAUUCCAUUUCCUGUUUUUGACAUUUCACCAUGUUUAAAACAACAUCCCGAUCGCACAGAUAUGUUAAUGCGGAAAAUGCAAGAACUACUGUUCCGUAACGGAAGUGGACUUCGUAGAACUAAUGAACAAGGAUUCAGAUUACAGCACGGGUUUUUGUUAUCUUCUACUCAUCAAAUUUUGGACAAGCUUGUAGCAGAAACUCAAGAAUCCAUGUCCAUGCGGCAAGGAUCUCUUGAAGGCUCUCUUAUUAGAUUACUUGAAGAUGCCAAUAACUGCAAACAGUUGCUGCCCAAACUCCAGGAAUCGGUUCGAUCUGAUCCUCAUCCCAUCGAAGUUCGGCUUUGUAAAAUGAAAACAGAUUUGAACGCAUCCAUAAAAAAUUAUCUACAGGAAACAAUGGAAACGAUGCUUCGAACUGGUAUAGAACAAUGUCCCAAAACCCUUGGCAAUCAAUUAGUGUUAGCAGAGCUUAGGAAAGGAUGUGAGGAAAGGUUGAUAAUUUCAGAGGAAUUCUUGCAAAGCUGUCUCGUGAACAGUGCAGGGGGCGAAAUCAUGAACAGAAUAAGUGAAGUGGAACAGGCAAUGGCUAGUCUCAUAUCCGACAGAGCAACAGAUGAAGUUCUAGAAGCGUUGACUCGUUAUAAAAGAGGCUUGGGUGUUUCGGAAUCACCACAUAGUAUAAUGGAUGAUCCUCAGACCCCAGACAUCUCGAGAAGUCGCUCCAGCCAGGAUUCUGACUGUUCAGUUCACAUUCCAGUGCGUGGAAUGAAUUUUCCAAAAUUAGGAUUAGAUUCACCCACUAAGCUGGAAUAUCUUAAUCUUGCAACGCCUCAGCUACAGAAUCAACGAAGAUCGAUCGCGCGUAAAGUGCGCCCCCAAUCGGUGGUCGGUUUAGGUAUUGAAAAUUUGAGCCUUACUAACAUUCCCGACUUGAUGGAGAUGCCCUCCCGCGAGCGAAAUUUCAGUUCCAGCACAGGGCAAGACUCAGCUUCGGAACAGAAAGAAGACGAAUGCUGUGAUUCAGUCACUGAACUUCCCAGUCAGUCACUAACACUGCAACAUUUAGUGAAAAGUCGUCCAAAGCGAGUUAAAACACGUGCUCCUAAAAAGCCCAUUAUAUCGUCAGACGUAUCUGGAGUAGUAGUCACAGAUGGUAUCGAUGCUUUCUUCAGAUCUGGUUCAGCCACACCUUCCACCCUGACGCCACUUGUGUCACCUACAUCAGAAGAAUGUAGUUCGUUGUCAUUUGUAGAUAGUCCCACACUCAGUCGCGAUGACGGAAGUCGCUUCAGCAAUGUAACAUCUGGAGAGACAACCCCAAUAUUGGAGGAAAGAAGGCCCAUUAAUUUAGAGAGGGCUUCUCCUUUAAUGAAGAACGUGAGUUGGACAUCGCGAUCGCGAUCAUCGGACAAUCUAGAGAAAGUAUCGCCUCUAUCGGCUAGAAAAACUACAUUCAUUAAGAAUGUCAUAGGAAACAACAAAGAGCUAUCCAAUACGAGUAAACCUGUGGAGACCAAUUCGAUAAUGAAUAGUGGCAGCAAAGAAAUUUCAGAAAAAAAGAUACAGCCAGGAAAUGGUGUAGCGAAGGUACCGACUACUGUACCAAAGCCUCGCCCAUGGUCAGUACUGGGCCAUGAAUCAAAAAAUGAGUUCGACGUUACGAAUGACUCUACGAAGACGACACCCAACGCGGAUGAUGCUGAAGUUGAUCUUGUCCUAAUAUCUGGACAAACUCCUGGAGGUUCAAUCGUUGGAAUAACACCAGGUGCAAUUACUGGAGGGAGCAUCGUCGGUAUUACACCAGGUGCUGUUAUUGAGAAAAAAUCGGUGCGAGAUAUGGCUGCUAAUUUGAAUAAACUCAGUGAUUUAGAUAGAUCUUCGACAGAUAGAGUUCCAAUUCCUACACCAAGAAUGACACAUAAAGGUGAUUCCAGUCAUAGAUCGUUGGAGAUUUCUCCUAAAAUAUCUGUUGAAGAAACAAGCGCACUGGAACGCAGUGAUAAUAAUGAAUCCAGAAUCCUAGACAGUAUUACAAAACAGCAUGGAACCGUACACGAAGGGAUUCGAGAAGAAGGCAUGAGCCCUGUAAGAAAAGUCGUGGCUGGUACACAGAUUACUGCUUUGUUUGAGGAGACACUAGUUGAGGGCCUUCAAAAGUCGUCUAAACGAGUCUUGUAUCGCGAGUCUAAUUAUUUUAAGGAAGAUUCUGUGGAUAUAUUUUAUAACAUUACUUAUGUUCAAUCAUAUUGUCUCUAGUUUGAGACAGAAGACAAACGUAUUGAAUGUGUUACUUUCGCGUGAAAACUCGACUGAAGUAACAGACUGCCACUGAAUAAGUAUUAUAGAGAGAACGUGGUAGAAGUUUAUUUUUACUACAGUCAACUUUAACUAUUAUAAGGAAGCAUGAACAAAUCGGAAUGAAAGAUAUUCAUUACGGUGGGGUUCAAUUUUUAGUUUUAAAGACUAAAUUAAACAAAUGUCAUCUCAACAUCACGAAACACGUGAGAAUUAAGUCAAAUUCAAAGCCAUUCCAUAAAAAUGUCAAUUGCUUCAGUUUGUUGCAUUCUUUUCAAUUGUUUGCGUUGAAAAUCAAAAUGUACAUUAGUGCCAAAAACUUUACUAUAAACGAACUUAUAUUUUAUUUGUUUAAAUUUAGCUAUAUAUAUAUUUUUCGCUGUAAAAUAAAUAUCUAGCGACGGAUAUUAUCAACCAGUUACAUUUCACAGCGGUUCAAUGGCAUCUCAUAGUCAACAUAGACGAGAGUAGUAGUGAUUAACCAAUUAACGAUACGAACAAUAUACAUGAAAUAUACUUGCACAUUACAAGAUAAAUAAAAUAUAUAAACGUUUAA